UACACAGGUGAAACAGAGGUCAGCACUUGACGUACAGACCAAAGCAGUCAAAGCUGCCUAGUUUUAUAACCGUGAAACGGUAAAAGGUUGUGGAAUAAGAUCGAAAUCGACCAAAUACAAUUGUCAACAUACUCUUCCUAGAACAGGCAUCUUUGCGAUUUCAAGCAAAGUUCAGGCCACCGAGUUGGAAGGAAAAGAAGCUCAUUAGUAGGCGGUCGAACGUGGCAACGUCGCCGAGGGAAUGUCAGACGUUGUUAGGCCAGGCUAGGGAAAACAUCGGACGAUCGAGGCCACAUUGCCGUGCUUGGGGAGUCAGCGCACUAGAGAACAGUACGCCAGCCGUAAUCUUUACGAAAUGGCAUCCGCGAACGGAACAGCUACGUUUUUUACUCACGGCACCUGUACGCAAUAUGAACAAGUGCUUAAACUAUAUCCACAGGCCCUCCGACUCAAGGCUGACCGAAGGGCUAAGAGGCCAGAGGAGUUGAUCAAGCUAGAUAACUGGUAUCAGAAUGAGUUACCGAAAAAAAUUAAGAGCAGGGGCAAAGAUGCACACAUGGUGCAUGAAGAACUGGUACAGUGUAUGAAAUGGAAACAAAUAAGAGGAAAAUUCUAUCCGCAACUCUCAUAUUUGAUCAAAGUGAACACCCCCAGAGCUGUAAUGAUGGAAACAAAGAAGGCAUUCAAAAAGCUUCCGAACUUGGAGCAAGCACUAGCUGCUCUCUCAAAUCUCAAAGGUGUUGGUACUACCAUGGCAUCAGCUUUGCUGGCAGCUGCCUGUCCCGAAAUGGCCCCCUUUAUGGCCGAUGAAUGUCUGAUGGCUAUACCAGAAAUUGAAGGCAUCGAUUACACGGCGAGGGAGUACCUAAAUUUCGCCAAACACAUCCAAGCCAAAGCAGAUCGUUUGAACAAGGUUGCAAGUGAGAAUAAACGCCCAGAUGCUGUUGAAUGGACACCUCAUAAGAUUGAAUUGGCCUUGUGGACCCACUUUAUUGUAUCAGAAUUCAAACCAGAACUGCUCUCUAGUAUAAAUCUUGAAAAUGGCAACUCAAUACCUCCUGCGAUAUGUCAGAACGGAGACUCUUUGGACCCUUGCGUAUCAGACGAGAGCAACCAAGAACCAUUGAACGGAAAAGCCACAAACGUCAUAGACGAGGACACAACUACCUCCUUUACGGACAAUAGUCCGCCUUCCUUAGAAAGUGAAGAAACCAAUGAAUCUGCCAUCUCAGACUCUACAAACGAUUCGUCAGCAGUAGAUUACAAGAGACCCCUAGACGACGAUUCCAAUUCAGUCGAUCAGCCAUCUAGCAAAAAAAUCAAAGAGGAUACAGGUGAUAAGUGACAAAUACGGGCGUUCCAUUAAUUUUUUUCACAUGUUGUAUGAGUGUAAGGAUUAGGUUUUCACUACUAUUGAACACUUUCGAAGCCUUAAGUUGGAUAAACCUGAUUAUGUCUUUGACUCCAAAGUAUAUUCUUGGAAGCGUUUAUUUUCUAUUUCAGUUUUGUAGCGGCUGAACGACAAUAGUGGGUACAGUGAUGCUCCGAUAAUUUAAAUUAAGCUGAAUAGAUGAAAUAUAUUUGAUCAAAUGUGCGGUGCCUCAUUCUUUUCGUUUUUGUGAAUUUCUGGAAGAUUCUUCCAAGGUAAAGUUAUAUUUGAAGAUAUUUUAUAGUGAGAAAGAUUACUUGUAUUUUUAUGCUGAAUGAGUGGUGAUGUUUUGAGAGGUGGAAGAAUUUUCCAAGAAAUUUUUUACGCGAAUAAUUUUACCAGAGUAUCAUCAAGUUCAUCGCUAGUUUUUCCAAUGAAGGUUUAGAAGUGUUUGAAACUGACCAUCAAAUGUCGUCGUUUUAUGUUCCAUUAAACUUUGUGAAAUUGAUCCGAUUCAAAGCGUUUUUGUCCUUAUUUUUCGACAUAGUAAAUUUAGGGUAACAGAUGGACUGAACUACAUUUUAGUGCUGGAGAAAUAAUUAUUAACAAAUUGUAUAGAUAGAUACUUUGAACGAAUUUCGUUUCAUGUUUUCAGUUAUUCCUCCUAUUGUACAUUCUCAAAUCCCAUAAAUAGUUACCGGAAAUAUCUGUACAAGUAUGGCAAUAAUUUGAAAAAAAUUACUGAAUUUGAUUUUUUCCAGAUGAGAAUCGUAACCAAAGAUAUAUACUUAUGGUUUUAGUUUCAGUUCAAAACGCCUUUUUCUUGAGGGUUUUCUCACAGUUAAAUAAAAAAUUCACUCGAAAAUUUCCUUCCUUUUAAAGUUUUUUUGCUCUAAUUCGAACAGCAUAGUCUUUUCUUGGUUUAUUACAUUAAAUAUACAUUUUCAAAUGUUCCAGUCACUUUUAGUCGAAUCCCCUGCCCAGAGUAUAUAUUUUUGACUAAUGAUUGAAAAUUCCAAUUUUUCCUAAAACAUCAGCAUCCUUCUAAUUUGGACCUUGGAAUUUGAUAACAGAUGAUUACUGAAACUAUUGUUGAUACAAUAAAACACUAAUGGUAUACUUAUAACAUUUAUAAUGUUGAAAAAAUUAAUAUAGAAUUUGUUGAACAAAUCAUGAACUAUAUUCAAUGAAUGCACACAACAAAAAAUUUAUCUGAUUUUUGUUGGUUUAAUUCGUUCAUUGAAGGAUAUAUUAUUGAUUUCGAAACACAUUGUCGUCUUCAGUUGCUUACAUUCUUUACCUUGUUAGUGUAAGUAAUUUAUUUUUUUUAACUUGGAUCCCCUUCUAGCUUAGGAGUUCCUUUUGUAUUACUUGCUGCUUAUCGAAAUGUACAUUCCAAUUCUUUAUGUGGAGUUUCUGUAUAAGAAGAAAAUUUCCUUCGAUUUAAAUUUGGUUCGUGUAUAAAGUAAAGUGUAAUCAGAUAAAAUAUGAAAAUAGCAGAUGUGUACUGAAUUGUUUCUCCUAAAUUUGUUCAUUUUGGCAUUAUGAAAUCGUUUCCAAUGGAGUACAAAUUAUUUAUCACGAUUUUGUAAUCUCGAAAUUCAAAUUUACUGUUUGAAUACAAAUGUUUAUAUAUAGAAACAACAAAUAACUGAUUGCCUUUUUAUGAAUAAUACAGUAGUAUGUAUACAUACACUUUUACAAAAAUAUAGCAAGUUAAUUUAUAUUAUGAUAUAUAAUAUAUAGUAAGGUGUUAUUUUUUACCACAUUGUGGGUGUUUUUUGUUGGUUCAUUCAGUGCUAUUUACCCUCACCGCUUUUUAAUUCUUUUUAUGAAAAACGCCCUCAAUGCCACAAAUGUAUUGUAAAAAUAUCAGUUGUAGAAAUGAGUUUGAGGUUUUGUAGGAUAUUUUCAUAAAUAUAAAUCUUUCACGGCAAA